UGUAGCGCGGGAGUUUUUUAUAUAUAUAUAUAUUUUGUAGCGCGGGAGUUUGUCACAUGGUUGAGUGUGGACGUGGCGUGCUGCGGUUUCAUCAAGUCGCAGCUCCGGACGGUCUGCUGGCUCCUCUUCGUCCUGAGACAUGGAUCAAGAAACCGUCCAGCCCGAACCGGACAGGUCAGGCGGCUGCACCCUUGUAACCAGGAAGAGAGAGGACUAUUUGGAAUGGCCAGAGUAUUUUAUGGCUGUGGCCUUCCUGUCUGCUCAGAGAAGCAAGGACCCAAGCUCACAGGUAGGAGCCUGUAUCGUGAACCAGGAGAAUAAAAUUGUUGGCAUUGGUUACAAUGGAAUGCCCAACGGUUGUGACGACAACCUGUUGCCAUGGUCACGAAAAGCCGACAACCCAUUGGAGACAAAGUACCCGUAUGUGUGCCAUGCCGAGCUGAAUGCCAUCAUGAACAAGAAUAGUGCGGAUGUGAAGGGCUGUACCAUGUAUGUGGCUCUGUUUCCCUGCAAUGAGUGUGCCAAGCUCAUCAUCCAAGCAGGUAUAAAGGAAGUGAUCUAUCUUUCUGAUAAGUACCAUGAUAGCACAGAAAUGACGGCUUCCCGACGCCUGCUUAACAUGGCAGGCAUAGGAUACAGGGAGUUCAAGCCCAGGAGGACCGAGAUUGUCAUUGAUUUUAAUUCCAUUAACCCCGCUGGAAUGCUGAACAACCCGACCAAGUGAACAUGAAAACCACUCACCUUGGGGAGCCUGCAUAUGAAGGAGGGGAGGAGGAAGAAUCAAGUGAUUGAAAGACACUUUGAUGUCCCUCUUUUCCUCUGUCUUCCUGCCACCCACUUUGUCCAAAGUGAGACUCAAGGAUAUCUCGAAUUUGGCAUCUUUUGAUAGUUUGAUAAAGCAGAUAUUUAAGAGUAUUUUCAUCUGAUGCUGUGUACUCCGUGGCUAAACAGGGUAGUGGGUACAUUCUUUUACUUUAGUGUUUUGUUUUUUUUAAACUCACUUUAUGUUCAGAAAUACAAAAGGACACUAACAACUUUGUGGUGAUGUAGCUGUGCUGGUAAUAUGAAGUCCUUUUGACUCAGAUCUGAUCUUAUUAGGCCAGAAUACAUGUGGAGGAACCUUAAAUCCAUUUCCUCCUCUUGUUCCGGUAGCCCCGGGAGGGUCGUGUCACACGGCUGUCAGCUGCCACGUGACCAAACUUGACAUAAAUACCAAAUAUGGAGCAUAUAGACCAAGACUUCCUGUUUCUGAAUGGAUGUAGCAUUUUAUUGUGUUUGUGUGAUGAAUGUUCACUUCGAUAUUAGUCGUUAUUAGAUCAAAGCGGAAGUUUUAAAACUGUUAGUUAGUCCUUCCGUUGUGAGUCAUUUCACUGUUUUCAGUCGGUGAUGGUUUCCGUGAUUGGAAAAUUGAAUUUUAUCGCUUUGUAUUCAGACAAGUUCUCAGUGGAGUUGGUGUAUUAUUGUAACGUCAUUCUCGACGCUGCUACACGUCUGGAUCUCCACCAGGUAUCCCACAUCCUUCCACAGUCCGCUCAGUGACAGCCAAGCAGACUGGCUCAUCUGCAUUUAAUUUCAAUCAAGAAUGCCAACAGCCACACUGAAGUGAUCUACUGCACACUUGACUCAAAUCUGUUCUCUUUCUAAAACUGUUUGUUUCACCCUGAAAAACCUUUUUUGUACACUUUGCUGCAAGGCGGUAGGCGUACAGCGAUGGUUAGUCAUCUGUUGACAUUACGAGAGAAGUGCAUAUAUCUCUGUAAAGUCUUGUUAAUAUAUCUACAUGCAUGUUGGUGUGCACACUUUCAAAUCUGUUUCCAUUGCUGUACACGAUGCAAAGCGAGUCAAUAAAAGCCCGGGACCCCAGAGAGAUGGUAUUCAGAAUGAUUCAGUACAUGCACAUGUUGGACAGGGUGGGGGACAUUAGAAGAGCAUAGUCCAUUAUCACAUGCAAUCUUCACUUUUCCAAAGCCAACUUUUCAAGAAGGAAGAUGUGGAUGAGGCAUUGUCCCCUGGUAUUCUCUCCACGGCACAACAUGUGGAUACCUGUGUAACCAGUAGAUGACAGAGUAAAGCGAUAAAGAUAA